CAGGCGCAUCUGACACCAUGCCCUCCCUGGGGACCAUGUGCAGCCUGCUGCUCUUCAGUGUGCUCUGGGUGGACCUGGCCAUGGCGGGCUCCAGCUUCCUAAGUCCCGAACACCAGAAACUACAGCAGAGAAAGGAGUCCAAGAAGCCGCCGGCCAAACUGCAGCCCCGAGCCCUAGAAGGCUCCCUUGGCCCAGAAGACACAAGUCAAGUGGAAGAGGCAGAGGAUGAGCUGGAAAUCCGGUUCAAUGCCCCCUUUGAUGUUGGAAUCAAGCUGUCAGGGCCUCAGUACCACCAGCAUGGCCAGGCACUCGGGAAGUUUCUUCAAGAGGUUCUUUGGGAAGACACCAACGAGGCCCUGGCAGACGAGUGAUCAUCCACAAGAUGGGCCUGCCUGUUCUCCCCCCACCCUAGAAGCACUCACCUGACUUUUACACUGUUUCUGCAGCUACUCCCAGUUCUGAGUGGUACUAGUUGAAGAGGUGAAUAAACAUUCAAACCA